AAACUUGGCGACGAAUUUACAAUUUUGGCCGCAAAUUUAUCUUAAAAUCAUUUUUAUUAAUAGAAAAUGUCAUAUUGUGCAUAACUGCUAGUUGAUUAAACACAUCCAGAGCGUAGAAAUUGUGGGCAAAGCAAACAAUUUGUCCAAACUUUUGCCAUUGCAUUGUCUUUGCAGUUGCGCGUAAAGUAAGUCACAGGAGCCCUAAUGGCAGCAGCCCUACCGGCAGAGCCAGCCCCAGCCAUGUCGCACAAUCCCAUAACCGAGUUGACAUGUCAGCUUAUUCACUACUUUGCUAGAUUCCAAGAUAGGGCAGAAGAGGAGAGGGAGCAUGUCUAUACGCGCUAUGGUGAGCUUUUGCACUAUCACAACGAGAGUAUUGUGCAGUUUGGAGAUUUGAGCAUUGCGGCCAGCCGGAUCAAUUGGGCAUGCUUUUGCCAGCGUCGUGGACUACAGCUGCGCCACUUGGACCAGCAAAUGAUACCCGAUGAGGAGGCUGUGCAGCUGAUUCUUGAGAAGAGCAAGGAAUGGAUCUUUCCGCUUGCAAGCGUUACCAAAUUGCGCAAGGAGCGCUAUGCUCUGCGUUUCCAGCGCGCACCAAUUGUUGCACAUGUGAUUGGCAACAUAAUGCAGCUUGGUGAGCUGUAUGGAAAGCCCCAGAAGCUGGAAUUUGCGCCGGACACCACAGUGUCUCUUGUACUACAUGAACAGUUCCUUGAUGUGGAGGCCCCGCCCGGCAAUUCCAAGGAAAUGCACAAGUUUCGUGCCAGGCAAUUGUUUAUGAUUGUCAGCCGCUUGCUAAAGUACACCAACAUGCAUCCGGUAGAGCCCGAAGACCAGACAGACGAGACACUGGUCAUAAGCAUUGACAGUAACAAUCAUGCACGUCGUCCAACUCAACCCGAUAUAGUAGAUGGGGACCCCGGCAACCCAGUCAGGCAGGAAGUGCGUCUAGUAUGUGGGCCCGUUGUCGAAUCACACAAGAAAGCCGCCACCACCUUGGACAGCCUCAGCUAUAUGAAUAUACGCUCGAAUGACAUGUUGCUGAUUGCCAUGCAUCGUCAUGGCGUGCGCGACUGCCCCCAGGGCGAAGGUUUUCAGGACCUAAUGCGCCGUCUUGGCUUUGCGGCUGUUAUUGUUGACUUAUUCGAGGUACGUCACAGCAGCUGCGCCUCUUUGGUAUCCAACGGUCUUGGCAGUUCCAAGGGCGCAAAUUAUAUACUGUACAAUUCGGCACGUCUGGAGACGCUGCUGCGCACAUUCAAUGGCAAGGUGGAGACUGGCGUCUAUGGACCUUUGCCACCACUAGAAAGCGUUGAUCUCAGCACUCUAGAAGAAGAUCUUGAUUGGCAUCUCAUCUAUGGCUACUUGCUGCACUUCCCGGAGAUGAUUGAGUCCGUAUUGUUGCAGUUCAGAGAGGGCCACGUUGGUGUACAUAUACUAGUGCGCUAUAUUGUCGGCUUGGCAUCCACCUUCAGUAGAUAUUAUCGCAACAAGCAGAUUCUUGUGCAGCAUCGAGCUAAUCUAAUGCCGGUACUCCAUGCACGGGUCUACUUGGUAAAGGCGGUGCGUCAGGUGCUGAAUCUAUCGUUGGCACUUCUUGGCAUUGAGCCCGUCAAUUAUAUGUAAGAAAUAUAUAUUUAUUCAAGCGUAUGUAUGUGUAUACAACUAUAUUAACCAUAUACUCAGCUAACAUACCAAGCAAGCAAAAGAAAAAAACAGAAGCUCGCAAAGCCAACCCUAAUGAUUAGUUUAAAAUGGUUUAAAAUUUAAACUAUUUAUAGAUGUCUAUAUUAAUAUCUUUAAUCUCUAAUGGCAUUUAAAAUGUACAUUUUUAAUUUUAAAAACCGAGUGACAAAUUGUACCCGCCGGUAUUAAAAAACAAAACUUUUAACAAUUUAUGUGUUAUUGGAAAUAUUCAUGUAAUUGUGUUGCUAUCAUAAAAAAAUACAAAACUUCUAAG